GGGCAAACUUUGGGUAUACAAAUGCAACUAUUCCCAUUUAGUCUUAUUACAAUUCCUCUCAAGUUAUCUGUAGGAGCUGCGCUGAGUCAAUUUUCAAAGGAGAUUGAGUUUGAGUGGUUUUAGCAAGAGAGAUGUAGCCUGUAACUGGGAGCAAAUAACAUACAAGAAAUUUACUUUUAAGCAUUCCGUUUGUUUGGUUUUUUUGGUGGUGAUUAUGCAUAAAUGAAGAAGAAAGGUUCUUAAAUCUGCAUUGCAGACGAGACUAUGAUAUCAGAUAGCAAUGGCAUAGAAGAAGGACACCAGUAACAGAACCAUGCCAUACUUGCAUCCUAAUCUACCUGUAGCUGUCUUUAUGAAAUUUAGGACUCCUUCAAAACCAGGGCACGCAUUUGAAGCUGCAUUUCAAAUUUCCGCAUAUUGCACGCCUCCUCUAUUUUUGAGUCGAAGAAGAAGCUGCAAAGGCAAGGGUCUGCCAAACAUUCUCAACUCUACUUGUGGGAGCUCUUUGAGUAGAGAGGGUUUUACUCCCUAUGCGGCAUAUGUGGUCAAGCUUCUCAUCAAUAAGGAAACUACUCUGUCCUGUUGUCCACCAUGAUCAUAAUGGACCAACAUCUUCUGUUAAUUGAUUUAGCCAAAGGGCAAAAAUAGUAAUAAUAAUAAUACACCAGCGGCCAGCCAGUGUCUUCUGGUAUUUUUAUUAUCUGGGCAUCUAUCAUUUUCCUGUGAGAGUGAAAAUAAGGCCGCGUAAGGGAUGUCUAUCCUACAGCUCUAUUUGGGGAAAUUACGCGGCGGCUUCCUCUACGGAUGAACCCAUCAAAGAAUGUUGAGAGUACGGCCCGUCUGAUUGAGUCGUAGAUAAAGAAAGUUUUGUGCUUUAAAUUUGAGAAAUUUCCCCCGGUUGCGCAGCUUAUGGUUUUGCUACCUCCUUCGAACACUUUUUCCAGCUGAGACUUUCUCUGUGUCAUGACUAGUAUUGGGAGCAUGGGUUUCAGAUUUCUUCUAGUUGCACUCUGUCUCGGGGCGUGGCUGGGUGCAUCUUCCUCUAGCAGACUAGUGAAAAUUGGUCUAAAGAAGAGGCGUUUAGAUCUUUACAGCAUUAAUGCUGCAAGGAUCACCAUAGCUGAUGCUUCUGCUAGCUUCGGAUGGCCAAAAGCAGAUGUUGUUUACUUAAAGAAUUACCUCGAUACCCAAUAUUAUGGAGAGGUUGCCAUUGGAUCACCCCCACAAACUUUCACUGUCGUCUUUGACACUGGCAGCUCCAAUCUUUGGGUCCCGUCUUCAAAAUGCGUUUUGUCAAUAACUUGUUAUUUUCAUUCCAAGUUCAGGGCCAAGAUGUCCCGCACUUAUACAAAGAUCGGAUUACCUUGCAAAAUUGAUUAUGGUUCUGGAUCCAUUUCUGGUUUCUUCAGCCAAGACUAUGUCAAACUUGGGGAUGCUACAGUUAGAGAUCAGGAGUUCGUUGAGGUUACAAGAGAAGGACUUUUAGCUUUCUUAGGUACGCAGUUUGAUGGGAUACUUGGACUUGGAUUUCAAGAAAUCACUGUGGGGCAAGCUACACCUGUGUGGUAUAAUAUGGUACGGCAGGGUCAUGUCAACCAGAAACUCUUCUCUCUCUGGCUAAAUCGGGAUCCAACAGCAGGAAUGGGUGGUGAGAUUGUCUUUGGAGGUCUUGACUGGAGGCACUUCAGAGGUGAACAUACAUAUGUUCCGGUAACUGAAAAGGGCUACUGGCAGAUUGAAGUGGGAGAUGUAUUUAUUGCCAAGAAAUCAACAGGAAUGUGCGAAUAUGGCUGUGCUGCCAUUGUGGACUCGGGAACUUCAUUUAUUGCUGGUCCAACUACUAUUGUGACUCAAAUUAACCAUGCAAUUGGAGCACAAGGGAUUGUAAGCUUGGAAUGUAAAAGUGUUGUCACCAAGUUUGGAGAUUUGAUAUGGGAAUCACUAAUUUCAGGGUUACGACCUGAAAUUGUAUGUGUGGAUAUUGGACUCUGUGUCUAUAACAAUAAUUCCAGGACUGUUAUUAAGACUAAAGCGGACGAUAGGGACGGAGAUAAAUCAUCUUCUUUAGAUGAGAGUGCCCUGUGUACUUUCUGUGAAAUGAUUGUUUUCUGGAUUCAAGUACAACUUAAACAACAGAAAGCAGAAGAAAAAAUAUUCAAAUAUGUAGAUGAGCUGUGUGAGAAGCUUCCAGAUCCAAUGGGGAAAUCAUUCAUCGACUGCGGUGACAUCACAAACAUGCCUUAUGUUACAUUCAUCAUUGGGAAUAAAUCGUUUCCUCUGUCUCCAGAACAGUAUGUAGUUAAAGUGGAAGAGAAGUAUGGUACAAUCUGCCUGAGUGGGUUUACUGCUUUGGAUGUGCCUCCUCCGCAAGGUCCCCUUUGGAUUCUUGGAGAUGUCUUCUUGGGAGCAUAUCACACUGUAUUCGACUUUGGUAAUCUUCGGAUAGGCUUUGCUAGAGCUGCCUAGUACUCUUCUACUCUUCUUGAUGAUAACAAACUUUGGUGCCAAAUUGCCAGCUUUAGCUAUUGGCUUACAUCAACAAAACCUUUUGUCGCUAUCCAGACUUAACAUUGAUGCAUAUAUAAGUUAUUUCCCAUUUUCUUGCAAACCAAA